UGAUUUUUUUUGUGUACUGACCGACGGUAUCCGAAACGGUAAUACAGUAGUCGUUCUGACCAGUCCUCAUUUAUCCAGGCCCCAUUUGGCCAGUCCUCAGUUGACCAGUCCACAGUUGACCAGUCCCAAUUUGACAAGUCCCCAUUUGACCAGUGCCCAAGUCUACGGACCACAUCUGAUUCUUCAGUUCACUUACCACAAGCAGAUUGCAAUGAAGUACUAUGAAGAAGCCAAAAACUCUGAGGACAAACGGCCGUGUGCUGGUCUUCGUGAGGAUUUGAAAGCGUGUCUCUUAGCCACAGACUGUGUUAGAUUGCAUAAAAAAACUCCCAAAGAAUGCCUCAAAUCAAAUGACCCAUCUAUACCCGAAGAGUGCCAUGCUCUUCGUGUAACAUUCUUUGAGUGUAAGCGUUCACUGUUGGAUAAUCGACAGAGGUUUCGUGGACGAAAGGGAUACUGAUACUGUACAGUAUUUCUAGCUAAAUCUUUUACACGUGUAUAUAGGUAAUUCUGUAAUAUACAGUACUUCCCAGUUAUGAAAGAUUAAAUUAAAAAUUUUGUACAUACUUUUAAGUUAUUAAGUAAUCAAUGCUCAGUCACUCGAAGUUUGAUUUAAUAUGAAAGAGUUUAUAAAAUAUAUUUUUCUGCAAACUUUUUGCAUUUGAAAAUUUUACUAAAUUAUUUGUUUGGUAAUAUGCAUUUUAGAAAAAGGAUAUAAGCCUGAAAUCUAUUGACUUUUUGUCAUCUAAUUUUUUUGCAAUGAACUACACGUUCACAAUUGUAAUUUGUGAAGUAACAUUACAGUACUGUACUGUAAUCAAAUUUCUACGUCCAGAUCUGGUUUAACCAGCAAUGCUUGAAAAUUAGUUUUCUGGACAUGCUCUUGACUUUUCAAACUUACCAAUAUGAAUCCUACUAAUAUAAUAAUUUGAGGAAGACGAUUGUGAGAGGGAUAAACUGUUAAUGAUAUGUAUACUGUUUAUGUUGAUACAGUGCACUUUGCUGAGAGUGAGAUGGAAUGGCAAUUUUUUUUAAAUAGUUCGUGAAUGAGUUCAUUAGUGUGGGCAAGAAGAAAGUGGGUCAGUGUAGGAAAAGUAAGAUUAUGGUAUUUGAAAGACAAGAAUGAGAUGUGGAUUUGGUUGAGUACUAUAGAAUGGUAAGACUGAUUUGAACUGGAGGGUUAAAAAUAAGGAAGAUGUACUGGAAGUUGUAGGAAGUUUUAAAUAUUUGGAUACAGUGUAAGAUAAGUAGGAAGUGCAUUAA